UGACCUCCAAACUCCACUGGAAAGCCUGGAGUUGGCCUUUUGCUACCUCCUUCCUGGUGACUUCACUUUCCUCUCCCAAAGUUUCCACGCUCCAUCUUUGAAGAAAUUAGAUUUGAGCGGCCAUGAUUUUUCCACAAAUCUUCUCCAAUCUCUUCAACAUCUUUUGAAGGAAACUUCAAGUUCUCUUCUCCACUUGGACCUGAUGGAAUGUCGACUGACAGACGCUGGGUUAGAGGUUUUGUUACCGGUUCUUGGUCGUUGUUCUCGUCUCCGUUAUCUGGGAUUUUUUGGUAACCCAAUUUCAACAUCUGGACUGAAAAAUUUCUUGUGGAAAACGAUGGUUUUACCAGAUUUACGGCUGGUUGUUUAUCCGUGUCCUACAGAUUGUUACAUCCAGGAGUCAUCUCCUUCAACUUCCCUGUCCAACCAGGAGGAUAUGGUGGAUGAAGAACUUCUCACCGCGCUCAACGCCGAGUUGUGCCGGAUGCUGGUGAGCUCUGGUAGAACCGAUGUUGUCUGGACCUCCAGCCUUUGCCAACAUGGUGUCCUUGAUGACUUCACCUCAUAG